AUGUCCACGCCACACCGCAAAACGCGCACGACGGCCUCUGGCGCUGCGCCCAUCCGCCUGCACCCUCAGUCGCGGUGGACAAUGCGGAACCUGGUUGUCGCGGGGCUUGCGUUGGGGUUGCUGAGUGCUCUUGUGCGUGUGUUGGAGAGUGUCAAGUCACGGUGGUACAUCUUCGACCCUCCAACGCUGCACAAGCUCUGCCAAGAGUCGCUCGCACUGCACGGCAACGACACCGUUUCCGUCGUCUCUCACAUCGUCACCUCACUCCAACAAACCCACCCUUCCUUCGCUAUCAACACACAGUUCUCCGCCACCCCGCUCCUUUCCUCCCCUACGAACGGCAGCAUCAUCCCCUCCUCCUACACGCCCAACGACCGCGAAUGGGUCUGGAACAACGCCGGCGGAGCGAUGGGCGCAAUGUUCAUCAUCCACGCGAGUAUCACCGAGUACUUGAUCGUCUUCGGCACGCCCCUGGGCACAGAAGGUCACACGGGCCGUCAUACGGCGGACGACUUCUUCCAUAUCCUCGCGGGAGAGCAGUGGGCUGCCAAGGCUGGGUCGUUCGAGAUGGAGCGGUAUGUGGCGGGAGAUGUGCACCACCUUGUCCGUGGAGAGGUCAAGCAGUACAAGUUCCACGAGGGCGGGUUUGCGCUCGAGCUUGCGCAGGGCUGGAUCCCCCUCAUGCUCCCCUUCGGUUUCGCCGACACCUUCUUCUCCACUCUCGACAUCCCGACACUCUACAACACCGUCCGCAUCACCGGCCGCGAGAUGAUCAAGAAUCUUCUCCACGGCAAGAUGUAA